AUGGAGCUUCAGGAGCUCAAAAUGAAUGGAGACUUCCCUGCGGGUGCUGUAAGCCCCAGUCAGGAACAUGAGGACAUUCUGCCCAACGAUGUUCCUGACGCUGAGACGAAGCCGGUUCAGUUGGUGGAUGAGCAGGGGAAGACAUCAUUUGGGAUGUCAGUGUUCAACCUCAGCAAUGCCAUCAUGGGCAGCGGCAUCCUAGGGCUGGCUUACGCCAUGUCCCACACGGGCAUCAUCUUCUUCCUAGUCCUGCUGAUAUGCAUUGCACUUCUGUCUUCAUACUCCAUCCACCUCCUGCUGACCUGCUCCAGUGUUGCUGGCCUACGAGCCUAUGAACUUCUGGGACAGAGGGCAUUUGGGCCUGUGGGGAAGAUACUGGUGGCCAUUGUCAUCUGUCUGCACAACAUUGGGGCCAUGUCCAGUUACCUGUUCAUCAUCAAAUCCGAACUCCCCCUGGUUAUCGGCACCUUCCUGCGUAUGAACCCUGAGGGGUACUGGUACUUGAAGGGCAACUUUCUCGUCAUCAUUGUCAGUGUGGUGAUCAUCCUUCCCCUGACUCUCAUGAGGCAGUUGGGUUACCUGGGGUAUACCAGCGGUCUCUCUCUGUCCUGCAUGCUGUUUUUCCUCAUUUCGGUCAUCUAUAAGAAAUUCCAGAUUGGCUGUGCUAUAGUCUUCAGUGGGACAGUGGUGCAGAAUGAAGAUUCCCUAGAAAUCCCCAUCCAAAUUUUCAACUAUACCUGUGAGGCCCAGAUGUUUACGGUUGGCUCUCAGAUGUCCUACACAAUCCCCAUCAUGGCUUUUGCCUUUGUCUGCCACCCGGAGGUGCUGCCCAUCUACACAGAGCUCUGUCGGCCCACACAGCGCAGGAUGCAAGCCGUGGCCAAUGUGUCCAUCGGGGCCAUGUUUUUCAUGUACGCUCUCACGGCCACCUUUGGAUACCUAACCUUCUACAACAGCGUGGGAGCAGAGAUGCUGCACAUGUACAGCCAGAAUGACCUGCUCAUCCUCUGCGUGCGCCUGGCCGUGCUUCUGGCUGUGACUCUCACCGUGCCUGUCGUUCUGUUUCCUAUCCGCUGGGCUCUGCAGCAGCUACUCUUCCCAAGAAAAAGCUUCAGCUGGUUACGACAUGUGCUCAUAGCCCUGAUCCUGCUGGUUUUGGUCAAUGUCCUUGUCAUCUGUGUGCCGACCAUCCGGGAUAUUUUUGCUGUUAUUGGGUCAACCUCUGCUCCCAGCCUCAUCUUCAUCCUUCCCAGCAUCUUCUACCUCCGCAUUGUACGCUCUGACACGGAGCCCCCCUUCUCCUGGCCCAAGAUCCAGGCCCUGUGCUUUGGUAUCCUGGGGGUCUUCUUCAUGGCAUUCAGCCUGGGCUUUAUGUUUACCAACUGGGCUGUGGGCCACAGCCACAAGUCUGGACCCUGA